AUGGGUCAAUUUUUGGAUAAACCUAAAACUGAAAAACAUAAUAGUCGAGGUAAAAAUGAUGAUAUUCGUUAUGGUCUUGGAUCUAUGCAAGGAUGGCGUGUGGAUAUGGAAGAUGCACAUGCAACUGUACUUAAAUUAGAUGAUAAUUAUUGGUCAUAUUGGUCCUAUUUUGGUGUAUUUGAUGGUCAUGCUGGAUCUCGUACAGCUAUUAAAGCUGCCGAAAAACUUCAUUUCCAUAUCGUAUCAUCUCUUAAUACAUUAGUAAAAGAUAGUCUUAAUAUAAAAUCUUCGUUAUCAAAUGUUGCAUCAUCCCAACUUGAUUUUCAUAAAUUUGAAGAGGCUAUUAAAGAUGCUUAUUUUAAAUUUGAUAAUGAAUGGAGAGAAGAAAAUCGAACUAAUAAUCCAGAUGAUAAAAGUGGUUCAACAGCUAUAUCGUGUUUAAUUGAUACAGAACGAGUUUAUUUUUUGAAUGUUGGUGAUUCACGUGCUAUUCUUGUGUCAAAUGAAGGUCGAAUUCUUCUUGCUACAAAAGAUCAUAAACCAAGUGAUUUAGUUGAACGUCAACGAAUUCAAGAAGCGGGCGGUACUGUUUUAAUUCAACGUGUCAAUGGUUCUUUGGCUGUAUCACGUGCACUUGGAGAUUUUGAAUAUAAAAAUAAUUCAAAUCGUCGGCCAAAUCAACAACUUGUUUCACCUGAACCUGAAGUAACAUGUCAUACACGUAAUUUAACAAUAGAUUCUAGUAAACAAGAAGAACAAAUUGCUUUUAUCGUGUUGGCUUGUGAUGGUAUAUGGGAUGUUAUGACAAAUGAAGAAUUAGCUGCAUAUAUACUUGGUCGUAUGCAUGUUACAGAUGAUCUUAGUGAAAUUUGUAAUUCAGUACUUGAUAUGUGUUUGUAUAAAGGUAGCAAAGAUAAUAUGAGUUUAAUAAUAAUUGCUUUAAAAAAUGCACCUAUACCAACUCCAGAAUGGAAAGCAAAAGAUGAAGCAUUAAAUAAUGAAAUAAGAAAAAAGACUAUUGAAAUUUAUAAUCGUAAUCCAAAUAAAACAACUUUAGAUUCAAAUACAAUAUGGCAACAAGUUAUUACAUCUCUCAAUGAACAAUCAUCUAUUCGUGAAGUACUACCAAUUGGUGGUGGCUUUAUUUCAAAACGUUCAGUAUUUGAAAAUACAUUUGAUUCAAUAAUGAAAGGAACAAAUUAUACAGGAAAUUCAAGCAGUGGGCUAUUCAUGAAUGAUGAACAUAAUGAUCGAUCAGUAACAUCAACAAAUCCUACAUCUGCUGAUAUUCCAUCUUCGAAUAGCAACAACCUUGCUGCAUUGAUUCAAUAG